AUGGCAGGAACUGUUAAUUUUCUAUUGCUGUCUCUUGUCGCCGUUAUGUUUGUUUCAGCCCAGACAGGGUCCUCAUGUCAACUGAACCAGCAGGAAAUUAGGAAGGACAUCUUGGAAUGUAUAGCACAUGAACCAAGUCUCUUCUUUCAAGUUAUGGAGCACAUUAACAAUCCUAAAUCUAUGGCCACUGUGGAUUUUAUCUGCAAAAACCAGAAUGAUGUGGUUGGCAUUGCACUGUGUCUGGAGGACAAACUGGCAUCAUGCUAUCCUUCAGUAAAGGAUGUCAUUAAACAGUAUCUGCCCAACAAGGAACACCUGAGCAAGGCUCUCCAGUUCAUGUGUGAACACAAGAAAGAUUUUGUGGAAAACACCUGCAUGAACCCUGGACAGGCACAAGAAUUUAUGCAGUGCUACAUGGGCAAGCUGGGAAGUACCAUGAUGACAUUACGUUCUGACCACGAUAUACAGACAGCUAUGUGCAGUGUUAUCCAUUCAGAAGAGCAGUGCAUCAAGCAAUAUCAUGGUAGCUGCACUACAAACUAUGUUGACCUUGUGGUCCAGCUCUUGAACAUUCUUGCUCCUUACUGUCCAGUAGUGGUGCUUGACAUCAAGAACCAGGCACUAAAUGAAGCAAUGGGCAGUAUGCUUGUCAAUGGACAGCCUCUGAUGUUCCAGCCACAGGGAGAGGUCAAGUACAACAUUGUUAAAAGCUAA